UGUUAGGCAGUUACGUACUCUAAGUAAGCAGUACUCCAAAGUGUGAGAGCGAUAGCUGGCUAGAACACCGUAUUUCUGCUGAAACCUGCUAUUGGUGAGGUAGCGACUACACACACCGAACCCAUGCCUCGUAUCUGCGCGUUCGACAGUCUCGUAGUACUACGAACAGUUCGUACAAAGAAUGAGAUGUUAGAAAGCGGACUGGAGCCGUAAACCCCACCAUAAGUUAGGUCACUACAGAUAGUGACUCACGACUAACCCUUGAAUGAAAAAACAGUUGAAUCAUCCGAGAACUUCAUUCUUGAACUAAAUGAUACUUCACAGUUGAAAUUAGACUACGUUUUUCAGUAAUGCAGCAAAGCUAUCGGGCGGCAAGAUGUCAAGAGAGGAUAAACCAGCGCGUAAACCACAUGGAGGUAUUCCGGCCGCCUCGUUCGUGCUCUAUACUUUAUGCUAUAAUAAGACUUGUAAUGUGGCUCGCGUCGCAUUUUAAGGAGGACGUCGACGCCUAUUUAAAUAAAGAACAGCAUGCCUCAGCGGAACAUGCUUUGCGUGAACUCGAUGAUAUGCUCAGCAAGUACAAAUUCAUGGAUGCGUCGUUGCAGCAGCGUAAGGCUAAACUGAAAUCGCAAAUACCCGAGUUUAAAAACGCACUCAGUCUUCUGCAAACCUUAAAAGCUAAAAAGGAAGCUUCGGAAGAUAUACAAACGACAUUUUUGCUGUCAGAUGAUGUUUACGCGAAGGCACGAGUUCCACCAACGGAAAAUGUCUGCCUUUGGUUAGGCGCUAAUGUGAUGCUCGAGUAUUCACUUGAGGACGCAGUUGAACUUUUAACAAACAACCUGACAUCGUCACACGCCAUCCUAAAGGAGAUAGUAUCAGAUAUGGAAUUUCUGCGAGACCAGAUUACCACAACUGAAGUCAACAUGGCGCGCGUGCACAACUGGAAUGUCAAAAAAGUGCAAGCAGCUAAGUCGAAUGAAAGUGAGAACUAACUAUUAAAAUAUAAUUAUUGCUAUAUAUUUACCUAGGAGAAAAUGCCGACUCGGUGAUUGGUAUGCGGUAUGUACAUAUUUUUGUCAGAAGAGUGUCAUUUUCAAGCAUCUCUGAUGCAUUACAUCUCCUUGUGGUUAAGCGAGGUACAGAAGAGUCACCGUGUUGGAUGUAGACGGCGUAAAACGUAACGAAUAGUGUUUGACUCACUAUACGGCGAUUGUAUGAAUCUUAAACGAAUAACCGCUAAGCAUUCGUAAGCGCAAAAAUAAAAUCGCGUUUUAGGUUAUUACGCUAAAUAAAUCUGAGCGUGGCGCAACAACUA